UGUUUAUCGUUGCUGUGUAAAGGGGAAAAUUUGACGUAGGCUAUGGUACCUGAAUAUAUUCAUUGUUCACCACAAAUGCAAAAAACUAUUCACUGGAGCAGGCUGCUCCAGUAACCAGUAAUGGCCAUGGAAAUCAGCAACUUAGUGGGUUUAGACUCCAUCUCCAGCCUGGAUCAGGAUAAUAAUCUUCUGUCUGCAAGGUCCAACAGCUCCUUGAGCUCCACGGAUGAUAUCUUGUCAAGUAAUCCAUCACGAAAGAAGAAAACCAAUACGCUUUCUCGUUUAAGGAAACUUAAGAAGCAUGGACCCACGGAACUUCAAGAAAAAGUAGAGGGAUUGCCAUCUUCUUCAUUGGUAGACAUCAAGGAUUUUACUGGGAACCAAUUGGACAAGCACAUCAACGAUAAUAUUUCAGAAGUGCCUGACAAAGUGCAAGAAAGUAAAGAGAAUGCAGAUGCCAGAGUUCAGGGCGGAAUUGACGAGGUCUCAUCGCUGUUGUCCAGAGAGCGCGGCACACUUGAACAGAAACCGCUUCCCUCCCCCCACAUCAAGCCUCGCCGCAUCAGGCCACUCGAUGGCAUUGUCGACAGCUUAGAGAAUAGAGAGGCCCCCGAAAAGACAAAGCUUAAUCACGGUGAGCUUGAGAGCUUGAUGGGUCCCCCUCCGCUCGCAAGUCUCACCAGAAUUACCCCAUUGAACGGAGAGACAGGCCCCAAUACCGUGGAGAAAGACACAGAGGCAGGAUUUGUGAGGCCACAAACAGAUGCAAACAGCAAUAGUCUAGUUAGGAGAGAGACAGGACCCUCUCCACGAGUGAAACCCCGUCGAUUUACGAAUAUCGAGAAGGGCCUAAACGAAGAUGCAACGAUAACCAAGGAGCAGAGUGAAAGGGAUUCUGUGUUAUCAAAGGAAUCGUCUCUUGUUCGAGACGAGCAGACAACAAACAAAACCAAACUCAAUGAAAGUAUCUUCAAGCCAAUCUCGUCAAGUUUCGACCAUGUUUCUAUGCUGCCUCCCCGUGAUAUUACAAGCAAAACGCUUAGCAGUGACAGUGAUGUACAGUCGCCUGUAUUGCAGAGGCCAGAUGACAAGACACUUGUAGAAGACAUCAUUAUUCCUGCAACAAUGGCAACAGAACAAGCAAUAAUUCCACAGGCAUCUGAAAUAGUCCAGAGUGAGCCAGCAGGGUUUUCAAACGUGAGAUCGAAAGAUACGCACUCACCUGACGAAGUUGUGAACUUUGACAGUGAAUCAGACACUGAAGAUCUCAUUGUUGUUCCGGAUAACAGUCCAGGCAAAACCAACAAGGGGACUCUGGAAAACAUUUCAUCAAACGUAACGGAGUCGAUCGGGCAAGAGGUAAGAGAUGUGCAAAGUGACCUCGUCGAUGAUGUCAAGGGCAGUCGGAAUUCACUCCGAAACAUGUCCAAUUCUCUCCCUCCCCUCGAUGCAUCUACACCGGCAAGAGCUGAGACGGACCGUAAAGCUUCAUUACAAAGCACAGAUAGUAAUGGCGAGGACCUGAUUGUGAGUACCUUUGCCAACAAGGCUGAGGCGGAAGAAGUGAUCACGCCAUCCCAAACCAAAGGAGAGGAGUCGGUGAUGACGCAUAUUUCUCCUGUAGAAUUGGCAGCAGAAUUGAACAGUCUAAGCGAGGACGAAAUGUUGAGGGCAUACUCUAAGUCCGUCGGGGUAGAUACAACUCUUGGAGACACCAAUGAUGUUGACAAAGAGAGUGUAUCGUUGGAGCAUCGUCAUCGGAGUAUUGUCGAAGAAAGUGUAAAUCACGCUGGCUUAGAGUCUGGGGACCAGACCGAAGAUAUUAAGGCAUCUAGGAAGGGGCAUUCAUCGCCUGCUGCUGUGGAGUCUCCUCCAUCGCUGCCAGGCUCCUCAUCAGAUCUGGCCUCCUUCAAACCUGAUGACAUUGAGCACUCUGUGGCCAUGUCAGAGCCAGUCUUGGGAAGCACGAGCAGGUCGCAACUCUCAGACACAAGCCGUUCCUUCAUGUCCACCGGUGCACUUUCUACAAUAACCACAAGAACUGCAAGAAACAAGACCUACUUGAGCGGUGGGGCGAGUACCUCAGGAUCUUUGCUGAGCAGGGAAGAGCUGGAGCGAUUCUUCCCCGACAGGAAGGUCAAAAUCUUCAUUGCUACUUGGAACAUGUGUGAAGGAAAGGUGUUACCAGAUAAUUUAGAAGAGUUGCUGUUGCCGGAAGAUUGUGUUUUGGUUCAAGAUAUGUACGUCGUUGGAACGCAGGAAUCAUCGUCGGAUGGGCAGGAGUGGGAGAUCCGUUUGCAGGAGAUCCUGGGCCCAUCUCACGUCCUCCUACACUCGGCCACCCACGGCGAGCUCCGACUCGUCGUCUUCAUCAGGAGGGACCUCAUCUGGUUCUGCUCAGUUGUUGAAGAUGACACCGUGUCCACCAGGGCCUUCUCAAUGAUCAAGACAAAGGGUGCUGUGGCAGCUGGCUUCACAUUCUUUGGCACCUCCUUCCUGUUCAUCAACUCACACUUCACAGCCGGCGAUGAGCAAAUAAAGGAACGCAUCUCUGACUAUGAGAAGACCAUCAAAGACGUGCAGCUGCCUUCCAAAGUGCCGCCAACUAGGAAGUACAAUAACCUAAACACCGAUGUGACCAGUCGCUUUGACUGCAUCUUCUGGUGCGGAGACUUCAACUUCCGUCUGGUGGAGAACCGGGCCAAGGUGGAGAACUGGGCAGGGAAACUGCGUGACGGCAAGGAGGCGGACUACCACAUCCUGCUACAGCACGACCAACUGAAGAAGAACAUGAACAAAAAGACCAUCUUCAGAGGUUUCCAUGAGGGGCAGAUUGAGUUCCUCCCCACCUACAAAUACGACAUAGGAGGAGACGUGUACGACACCUCCCACAAAGCAAGAGUUCCCUCAUACACAGAUCGCAUUCUCUACAAGAGCCGUCGAUCAGCCCAAGUUUACAAUGUGCUCUACAAUGCCUGUAACAGCAUUAAAGUCUCUGACCACCGACCUGUCUAUGCAAUGUACGAAGUCAAGAUAAGACCCGGCAAAGAUGACUCCUUGACUUCUGGAGGCAUCUUUUCAAGAGACGUAUUUAAUGAGGCUAACAAGAGACGAACAGCCAAGGCAGCCAUGGCAGGCACGAUGUCACAGAAAUCAAGCACCGUCUGCUCGGUCAUGUAAAGAGACACCUCAGAACGCUGGCCUUAUCAACCCCUGCACACAGGUGACCACACAUUGAUAAGAGAGAGGGAGAUAGGGCGGGUUGGAAUCGGGCAAAGACCUAGCCAUAAGAUUCAGACGUAGCCAUAUUAACUUAUACUUCUGUAGGUGUCCUGUGAGUCCAGUCAACUAGAUAUGCCAAAACCCUCUACCCAAGGAUUCGGAGGAUGCCGUGCCUCCGUAGCAAAGACUCCAAAUGGAGUGAAUUGGAAGGUGCUAUCUGCAUAUCAAAGGAUUAAUUAAUGUGGCGUUCCUUGGAGUAUAUUGCUGACCUCCACUGUAGUUGUAUUUCUAAGCAUUACCUUAGGCAGUCAACGCUAACGAUGAAUGAUGAAGUGAUCCGGAAGAUGCAUCAGAUCAAGGAUUGACCCUAACUCCCUUGGGCAUUCUGCUAGGAGAAACCUUUCUGAUUCCCCCCAAAUCCUCCACUGCACUAAAGACCAACAGCACGUUAUUUGUAUUCAGGGUUUUUAAGGAGCAUCAGUGCCCAUGGAAAGUAGUAACUGGCAUCUACGUUUUCCAAUCCUUCAAGAUCCUCCAAAACCUGGUGGAUUUUUGUUGGAGGGCUGGGUUUUGUAAGCACUGCCUUCUUUUGAACCAGCAAAGUGAAAGUGGCCCCCGCUGCCCUUCUUUAUUUAUUCUCUUGUUUAUCUUACUUUUGGGAUAAUAAAUUUACGGAAUAAUUGGCCUGUUUGGGGAUAAGAUAGAUUUGGUACUUAAUUAAAUUAAGAGUUUAUUUUCUGAACACAUUUUUUGCCCUCCUGAGUUUUUCCUUACUAAGUCCACACGUCUCUCAACCUUUACCGCUGCAGUCCUCCAUGGGAAAGACGGACCCAUGUUGUGACAGUCACGCACAAGCUCCAUUGCCAUUUGGUUACUGGAAGGGUGGUCACUGAUUGUCACGCAGAAUGCCACCUCCCUACAUGUAUGGCACCUGUCUCACAACUCAGUGAUUCACAGCUUGGUUUGUAGAAUGUAACUGGGGUAUCUCAGAUUUCUAAAUAAAAUGUAACACGGCGAUAAAAAAAUCACAGAAAAGUUUCGUAAUCGGCAUAUAAACAAAAAAAUAAGUUUGCUAAGCAUAACAAUAUGCUGAUUGUAUGGAAAGCAUUUUAUUUUGUAGCUGCUGGUCAGUGUUUUAUAGUGCCUUUUCCAGAGGAGAAGGCAAUGUACAAAUUCUGUAAUUCUGGAGCAAGUUUGAUGUGAGGCUAGAUGGAACUGAGCAGUGUGUAGACUUCCAGCCAUUUUUUGGUUUUGUUUUGGGGUUUUGAGUUAAUUUUGCAUUCUUUCCAUGGUAUCAGUACAUAUCCCUUUCAAACUCAGUCAUCUGUUAAUGUGCAUCGGUUCAUCUAGUUUUAUACAAAUACAAUUUGAUCUUGUUGAUUAUUUUCAUCAAAGGUUUAGUGAAGUGGUGGGUAAUAUUUUAAGAAAGCGAAAGCACGCCAUGCAUUUUUCUCUUAUUGAAGUCUUUGAUUUUGUCAUUUUCAAGCUUAAACAAAUUGGUUGAGGGAAUCACCAUCAUCACCUCCCCACUGCUUCAGUUCGAAAAAAAAUAUGAUUAUCCAAUUUGGUUAAGCUCCCGGCCACCAGCACCUCAAGUAACUGCUCCCAAAGAGUUUGUUGCAUUUCACCCAACUUGUCAACCUUUCUGGUAAUUUCCCACCAGCUGUUGGCGAGAAUAUCGGUCAACGUUUUCUUUACCAACUUUCUGUCAGUACAUUCACCAAAGACUUAUAGUUUAUUACCGAUGUGUGUGAUAGUUCUUUGACUUUUUCCGAACGAGCAUUUGAUAUAUUUCCUGAAAUGAUCAAAUCUGUUAUGUAAAAAAAGGGGGUUUUGUUUUUGUGUACUUGAAUAAUUCUGAUGCUUGUAUUCUUCCCAUACACGUGUUCGUCGUUAGGUUUUGCAGCAAUAACUUUUUUGUAAAACAGAAAAUUUUGUAAUAUCUGGACGUGUCAAGCAUUCCUCAUGGUUUGGUACUUCUGUAUGUAUAAGUCUAGUAUUUUUGUAUUCAUUGUUGUGUUUAGUUUUAAUAAUUUGUCUAUUGCUGCAUUGUUUACCAUUUCAGAUUUUCCUGUUCCAUUUUGACAUGUAUUGAAUCUCUCCAUUAACCCUCCUAUGCUGAAAUCACUCUUUGGGUCACUUGGUAAACACCUCAAAGAAGCACAG